AUGCACUCCUUCAUCGCCCUUUCCGUGCUCUCGGCACUGACCGCAUCGGUCUCGGCCAUCCCAUACGCCGCUCACCAGGCUCAUCAGCACCUCCAUGCCCGCAAGAACUUCCUGAAGUACGAUGUGACUCCGAUCGCUGGACGAGACGAGUCGCUCCCAGUCGCACCUUUCGGACAAUGUGGCGGUGAUUCUGGGUUUGGCUGUGCGGAAGGUUUCUGCUGCUCGCAGUGGGGAUACUGCGGCAAGAGCCAGGACUACUGCGGUACGGGAUGUCAGUUCGGCGCAUGCUUUGGCAAUUCCAGCAUUCCAGCAGCAAGUGGCACUGCUCCUGUCGGUACUGCGAGCGCCAAUGAGAGCACCAUUAGCAUCGCUUUCGCUACCAAGGAUUCCGGCAAUGGCCCACCAGCUGGCUACACCAACUCUCCCGUUCAGACCGUUGACACCAGCGACAAGGGUGUCCCGACCUCAGCCCCCGCUGCACCCACCUUCUUCUCGGGUCCUUCUCCUGCUCAGUACACUACAUUCGUGACCCAGUACGCCACAGUUUCUAGCGCCGAGGCACCAGCCAGCACCUCUGCUCCAGCAUACAGUCCCCCAGCACCACCUGCAUACAGCGCACCAGAGUCUUCAUCGAGUGCUGAAGCUCCAGUGAGCACAUCUGAAGUCGCUCCAUCACCACCAGCGUACAGCGCACCAGAGUCGUCCAGUGCUGCUGCUCCUACUACCUACAGCGCUCCGGCGCCGCCAGCAUACACCACACCAGCAUCUUCAAGCGAAGCAGCUCCGACCACCGCCGCUCCCACCUCAGAAGCUCCAUCUUCCAGCGCGCCUGCUGCUUCCUCAUACAGCGCCCCCAGCGGCGGCUCAGGUGGUGGCAAGGGCGACACAUACACGAUGUACACUGGUGAUGGCAGCACAUCAGCGGGAUGGCCAUCAUUGGAGGAGUGGCUCGACUUUGAGUCUCUGUGGCAAACGAACAUGCAAUACAUCUCAGUCUCCUGCAGCAACUCCUUCCAAGUCCCUGACAACACCGACGAGGAAUCCAACGACCUCAAGUCUGCCAUCCAAGCCCAGGCUCAAGACACUGGGGUUGACGAGCGUUUCAUCCUUGCGGUCGUCAUGCAGGAAUCCAAGGGCUGCGUCCGCGCACCAACCACCAACAACGGCGUCAUCAACCCAGGCCUCAUGCAAGACCACGAUGGCUCUGGAUCAUGCAACAAGGCAUCGAUCGGUGGUCAAGUCAUGACACCCUGCCCAUCUGACCAGAUCACGCAAAUGAUCAAAGACGGCACAUCAGGUACUUCGGCAGGUGACGGUCUCCAGCAAUGCAUCACCCAAGCCAGCUGCGAAGACGUCAGCAAGUACUACAAGGCCGGCAGGAUCUACAACUCCGGCAGUGUGGACCCAUCCGGCGACCUGGGCGCUGGUAUCGCGACCCACUGCUACGCUAGUGACAUUGCCAACCGCCUGACUGGGUGGGUCACCGCCGCGACCAAGUGCACUUUGACUUGA